AGCGGGCUCCAGCUCCUCAAGGAUGGAGCAUGGGUGGACGUGCCGCCCAUGCGCCACGCCAUCGUCGUCAACAUCGGCGACCAGCUGGAGGUGAUCACCAACGGGCGGUACAAGAGCGUGAUGCACCGCGUGCUCACCCGCCCCGACGGCAACCGCAUGUCCCUCGCCUCCUUCUACAACCCCGGCGCGGACGCCGUCAUCUUCCCUGCCCCGGCGCUUGUCGAGGAGCUGUCGGAGGAGGAGGCGGAGCGUGCCGGGAGCGCCGUGUACCCGAGGUUCGUGUUCGAGGACUACAUGAACCUGUACUUGCUCCACAAGUUCGAGGCCAAGGAGCCGCGCUUCCAGGCCAUGAAGGCGGACGCCGCGCCCAUCGCCACCGCGUGAUUAGGGACGUGGUCGUACGUGCCAGAGUCCCGAACAAGAGUAUUUUGGGACGUAUUGAAGUGGUGUAUCGUAGAUAAUUUGUGUAUGCGUGUGUAAUGUUUUCGCUGGUGGCUUCGCAGUGCGCCAGUGCAUGCCGUGAUGCUUGUUUUACCGUACGUGUGAGUCAACUUCUUUUUAUAGUAUGUGUGUUAAGUAAUGUA